UUGUUUAAUUGCUGUUUCAACGGUAGAAGGUUGUUUACUAACUUUAAACUUAAUAAAUAAUGCGUUUUGGUAAUUUUUUGAAAGGAAAGUUGUUUUCUUGAGUUGUUGGUAAAGUAGUAAUCUGUAACACAUACCGGCCGAACACGCCGACAAACGCCAUGUUUGUUUGAUUUUCCAUUUGGAAGCGUCUGUUUUUGUCGGCAUUUGACGGAAUUCUAGUGACUGUGUGUUCUACAGGGAUACAGGAGCCCCCACAGCAAUUCUCGGUUUUUAUUGCAGCCCCGCCAAAACUUCUAAAAAUGAGCAAAAGCAAAAGAAACAGCCCUUCACCGGAUGAAGAAACAGCGCCAGAAGAAUAUGUAGUAGAAAAAAUAAUCGACAGCAGAAUUAAUGCACACGGCGUUAAAGAAUAUUUUUUGAAGUGGAUUGGUUAUGAUGACAAAGACAACACAUGGGAGCCAGAAGAGAAUCUCGAUUGUCCGGGUUUAAUCGCAGCUUUUGAAGCCGAGAGGGUCGCUAAAGAAAAGGAAAGGAGUAAAAAACGCAAAGCGUCAGGUACUCCAACUCAAGAACUAAAGGGUACAAAGAGGAAGAAUGAAGAAAAGAAAGUGCACGGGUUUGAUCGAGGGUUAGAACCAGAAAAAAUUAUAGGAGCUACAGAUAGUUCAGGACAGUUGAUGUUUUUGAUGAAGUGGGAGGGUACAGAUGAGGCUGACUUAGUACCAGCUAAACAAGCAAAUGUCAAGUGCCCACAAGUUGUUAUUAGGUUCUAUGAGGAACGUUUAACAUGGCAUUCACCUACUAACGAUGAAAAUAAAGCGGAAUGAGGAGCUUAGUUGUAAGGAUAUUUUAUAAUGUACAUAUAUGACUCAAAUAAUCUCAGUUGUAGUGAUUUUAUUGGCAAUCGUUUCAUUUCCGUUCACUAAUCAAAUCUCUAUAGUAUUUUACGUUCAUUUUUCAAAACCCUGUAAGUUAGUGAGUUUAAUAAGAAUAUUUUCUUUA